AUGAAUUUUCUGUUACAGAUGGUGCAGUAUGUAGUAUUUUCGAAAUCACUUAGCGGCGUCGACUUCCAAAAGGAAAUGCUUAGACGACUUCAAGUCGGAGGAAUUCAAGGCUUCUGCGUGGGUUUUGUCUGUGCCAUCACUGUUGCGACUUCUCGAAGUCAAGAGGAACUCAUCAAUGCUGCUAUACAUGCUCUUCAGCUAGCAUUUUGUAUUGGAGUGUAUGCAGAUAGGGAUAAUAAUCAUGUCAAAGGAAGAUGUCUAUCCGCAUGGAGUAGGAAAGGUUUGGCUCGACCCAAAGAAGAAAUCGGAGAAAUAAUUAGUGAUUUUCCUCAGACUUAUAUCUCUGCUAUCACCGACGAAGCUUCAUUCACAAUUACCACCCGUCAUGAUCGUCUCACGGAUUUGAGAAACGUCUUGACCGCCUCAGAGUUUUUCGUUCAAGAUGUGCCAAUCAAUGGACGAUUCCACUCUCCUAUCUACGCUGCGGAAGCAGAGAAACUUGUCGAAUUUCUUGACCAGACUUUGGGCCUUAGAUUUCCGGAUCCAGGCCAGUUACAUGUUCCCGUCAGGUCCGCGACUAACGGACAACUUAUCACGAGAGGCAACUUAGUCCGGUACAUGAUAAACAAUACCUUACUGGAACCUGUGGAGUGGUAUAAAACGCUGAAACUGGCUACAAACUCAUUGCCACCCGGACGUAACUGUAUCGCAGUGGCAGGCACAUCGCAGCAUUUUCCGCCAUCUUUAGCCAUGAAUCUGAAUCUUUUGGUACUAAGCUUAAGCAACUUUCCAAAGCCUCCGGGGAAAUCAUAUGACAAUAAGUGUGCCAACAAUGCGAACACUCCACGACCACUUUUACAGACCCCUCCCAACACCCCACCGAGCAGCAGUGGAAGUGAAAGGGCUGCUAUAAUCAAUGGGGCUUUCAAGUCACACUCAAGCACAAGAAGAAGGCUUUCAGAUCUCGACUUUCCACCUCAUUCAAUAGCCGUUGUAGGUAUGGCGGGAGUCUUUCCUGGAGCGAACUCUGUCGAUGAAUUAUGGAAUUUGAUCUCGACCGGACAAUCGACAGUCAUCCCUGCUCCUGAACGAGUCGGGCUAAACCAGCUUGCAGAAGAGGUGUCAAAGGUGACAUGGUGGGGAAACUUUCUAGACGUUCAAGAUACUUUUGAUCAUAAGUUUUUCAAAAAAUCAUCCCGAGAGGCCUCGGCUUGUGAUCCGCAGCAGAGAAAAUUACUGGAGGUUGUUUACGAGGCUCUUGCGUCGUCCGGUCAGCUCAGCGCGGAGGCACAUUCAGAUCCAAAGGACUUUGGAUGCUAUAUCGGCGCAGUGAUGAACAACUAUGCCGAGAACCUCAGCUGCCACCCCCCAACAGCCUAUGCCACGACGGGCACGGGGCGGUCCUAUCUCAGCGGUGCCAUCAGUCAUCAUUUUGGUUGGACAGGACCUGCUCUUACAAUUGACACGGCCUGUUCUUCUUCACUCGUGGCGAUUCACACAGCUUGCCGCGCUAUUUCAACUGGAGAGUGCAGUCGUGCUGUUGCGGGAGGAACAAACAUUAUAACUUGUCCGCAUGACUACCGAGAUCUGAAGGCUGCAGGUUUCCUCAGUCCGAGCGGGCAAUGUAAGCCGUUUGAUGCGGGCGCCGAUGGAUAUUGCCGUGGCGAGGGUGUAGGUGUCGUUGUUUUGAAGUCGCUGUCCGCAGCGCUCAAAGAAGACGAUCAUAUCCUCGGAGUCAUCAUCGGCUCAGCCACGAACCAAAACGAUGAGGGAGGGCCUAUUGUGGUACCCAGUGCAAGGUCACAGACAACUCUCUUGAGAAAAGUCUUCAGUUUGUCAAACGUUGCGCCUGAGGACGUGUCAUAUGUCGAGGCGCAUGGCACCGGCACCAGCGUAGGUGAUCCGAUCGAGGUUUGCAGCCUUCGGGAAGCUUUCGCUGGGCCCUCAAGAACUUCAACACUGUACUUCUCUUCUAUCAAGGGAAAUAUUGGCCACGCUGAGGCCGCUUCUGGAGUUGCUGGCAUGAUCAAAGCACUUCUUAUGUUCAAAAAUGAACGUAUCCCUCCGCAAGCUAGCUUUCGAUCUUUGAAUCCAAACAUCCCGGCAUUAGGUCCUGACAGAAUGGAGAUUCCUCGGCAGCUUACUUUAUGGGACGCAAAUAACAAAAUCGCUUGUGUUAACAACUACGGUGCUGCCGGAAGUAACGCGGUUGUGAUGAUGCGCGGUCUGCCCAUCAAUAAGCUCAACCUUGCGGUCAUGAAUGAGCAGCCAGCUACGCCAUCGAAAUGGCCCCUCAUUCUGUCUGCUUCAACAGAUAACUCUCUAUCAUUGUAUGCCCAGAAAAUGCUUGAUUGGCUUCAACAUGCCAAAUCCACAAUUUUUUCCGGUAUUCAUCUUCCAGAUAUUCUGUUCAACUUAGCCAAUCGUACGAAUCAUGCUCUGAAAAGCAUCAUAUCUACAAAAGUAUCCGAAAUCACUCAACUUGAAGCGGUUCUCUCCGAAUUAGCUUCAGUAAGUGGCUCAAUAUCAACAUCGUCAUCACCGACACCCAUUAUCCUCGUCUUCGGUGGCCAGGAUAGCCGUUAUGUUGGCCUCUCAGAAGACGUGUACAAAUCCUCACAAGUAUUCCGCCACCAUCUUGACACCUGCCAGGAUGCCUUGCUGAGCCUUGGCUUCAAGGGAGUCUUUCCUGCCAUAUUCCAAAGAACACCCCUUCCUGACUUAGUUACUCUACACACUGCCUUAUUCGGCAUUCAGUACUCUUGUGCGAGAGCAUGGAUGGACUGCGGGCUCAAGAUAGAUGCAGUUGUGGGCCACAGCUUCGGUCAACUUACUUCUCUUUGUAUAUGUGGUGCAUUGUCGCUAACUGACACUCUCAAGUUAGUGGCUGGUAGGGCAGAGCUUGUCGAGAAGUUCUGGGGGUCUGAAUCGGGUUUGAUGCUCGCACUGCAGGCUCAUCAGGACCAAGUCAAUCAACUACUUGAACAGGUUGAAGGUCUCGAAUUUGCCUGUUUCAAUGGCCCCAGAAACUACGUUGUCGUCGGAUCUGCUAAGGCAGUUCGAGACGCGAAAACUCUGAUUAAUAAUGACGAGAAUCUGCAAGGCUCUAUCCGUUAUCAAAACUUGGAUGUUACACAUGGAUUUCACUCUUCAUUUACAGAGCCAGUGCUACCACAGCUGCGUGAGCUCGCUGAAAGUCUGGAUUGGAAGAGCCCAAUAAUUCACUUUGAAAUUUGCAGCGAGAUACAAAACGGUCAUACACCGAAUCCCCAGCUCGUCGUGGAGCACAUGAGACAGCCCGUGUAUUUCCAACAUGCAAUCGAUAGGCUGAUCCAGAAGUUUCCAAAAGCUACAUGGCUUGAAGCUGGACGUGGGAUUGCGGCCACACAGCUUGUUCGAGCAUGUGUACAAACGCCAGACAGCCACUCGUUCAUGGCGCCGCAAAUGACUACCUCAUCUGCGCAGGAUUCUCUCGUAGAUGCCACCAUCAAACUAUGGAAGACUGGACACAGCGUACAAUACUGGCCCUUUCACAGAAGUCAGAGGCACCAGUACAAACCUCUAAGUCUCCCUCCUUACCAAUUUCAUAAGACUCGACAUUGGCUGCCCUAUAUCGGUUCAAAAGAUUCUCCAGGAAGCCUAACUCGCCCUAAGACAGAAGGUCCACAACCCGAAGAGUUCUUGUCUAUCAUCAAAGGCGAAAACCCCACAGAGACUUCUUUCCAAAUCUCGACUACCUGUGAGCGUUUUCAGUCCCUGGUCAGGGGCCACGUCAUGUGUGGCUUUGCGAGUAUGCCGGCCUCAGCAUACAUAGAAGCUGUCUCUAGAGCUGCUCUUACACUCCAAAACGACCUGUCCGCUACAAUUUGGAUUCCCACAAUUGAAGAGUUGGAUAUGAAAACGCCAGUUGUCCUGUCUCCGAGCGAGGAGCCUCCAAGAAUCAUUUUGACAAUGCGAAACCUGGAAAGCUUGUCGCCAUCUUGGUCGUUUUCUCUUAUGGUAGAGUCUCUACCAAUUACAUCUGAAAAUGUUACGGGUACACGAGAUACAACGACCGGUGUUGUACAUCUCCAUGAGCGUGAUGAUGCGAAAAUGACUCGAGAGUACCGUCGGUAUGAUGCGUUGAUCAAGGACCAUCGCUGGCAGCAAAUCACGGAGCACCUGGAAGCGGACGCAAUGCAAGGAAAGCAUAUCUACCGAGCAUUCAGUCAAGUAGUUGAAUACUCAGACGCCUUCAAAGGAAUCAAAGCCAUUGCCAGCCUAGGAAAUGAGGCCGCGGGUGUAGUGAGAAUCUCGCCCGAAAUUUCAGCCCCACCAGAUCAACGACUUUCCGACUCGCCUAUGAUUGACAGUUUCUUACAAUUUGGAGGCUUUCUAGUCAACUACUUUAGUAGAUCAACAUCGAUCGAUAGUAUGUUUAUAUGCCACCAGAUCCAACAUGUACAAUUUGGACCAACCUUUUCACCUGAUGACAAGGAAUGGCUUAUCCUAGCGAUCAUGACCUCCGAAGAUGAUGACAAUGUGUCUGUCGAUGUUUACGUCUCUGAGGCACAGAACAAAAAGACAGUCUUUACUGCUUUUGGGAUGGCUUUUACGAAGAUCACUAGAGCCUCUCUAAUACGGAUUAUGAGUGGGUCUCUUAAAAGCGUGAACUCUUCACCUGCCACUGAGACAGACACGACUCUCCAAGGUAGGAAAAACAUAGUAGGGCGGAACAGCCCAUUGAGCGACGGCAGAGUUUUCAGCAAGCGUGCUGAAAUUUUGAAGAUUGCCGCAAGUAUCGCUGAUGUUCCAGUCGAUACUCUGACUGGCCAAGAAUCCUUGCCUGACAUAGGCGUUGAUUCCUUGGGAGCUACUGAAAUGAUUGGGGACAUCACCGCAGCACUGAAUGUAUCAAUUGACUUGUCUACAUUCUUGCUCUUCCACGAUAUCAACGCCAUCAUUUCUCAUGUCGAUGGCCAGCUAGGUUUGAACCAAGAAGCUGGGCAUGGCAUUCUCACUCCACCCCUAGCUAGGAAGAGAGAGGUGCAACGUCCCUUGAACACGAUAGAUGAGACAUCGACAAAACGAAUUGAGACGAACUCAAACAUGAUGUCAAAGACAGACGGUUUGAUAAAAGUAGAGAGAUCAAAAUUGCCGACUAUCACAUCCAUUCACAAGUCUUUCGAUCAAAUAGGGUCAAAAACGAACGCCCUCAACUACUGGUCUGAUAUACACCCUGACGAUGAUCGGCUAGUACUGGCAUAUGUAUCCGAAGCUUUCAAGAAACUGGGCUGCGACCUGCAGGCUUUGGCGCCAGGGGAUACUAUGCCAAUUUUGACGGGUAUCUUGCCUCGUCAUCAGCAGCUUUUGCGUCGGCUGCACAGCUUUCUGGAAGACAAACACCUGAUCCAUUGUUCACGCGAUGCUUUCGUCAGAACCAGUGAUCCCAUUGAAACUACAUCAGGGGAGCAGGUAUUCAAGUAUAUCAUAGGCAGACAUCCUCAGAACGCUCCAAUUCGCCACCUUCUGCGGGCGGUCGGACCACACCUAGCUGCAUGCCUUGUUGGAAAUUAUGACGCCCUCCAGGUUCUCUUCGGAAACCGGGAGAAUAAGAAGUGGCUUGAAGACCUCUACCGAGAAUGGCCCAUGUUAGUGACUGCCACUCAUCUUCUUGUGGAGUUCCUGUGUCAAGCCCUCAAGAACAACGAGGGCUCUGGGGCAUUUCGCAUUUUAGAAGUCGGAGCUGGCACAGGUGGAACGACUCGCCAUAUCAUUGAUGCGCUGACGAGGGCUGGUAUCCCUUUUGAGUAUCAUUUCACUGAUAUUUCGGCGUCCCUUAUCCAAAAGGCAAGAAAGUCCUUUACAGGAGUCAAAGGCAUGACCUUUGGACUGCUGGACAUUGAGAAUGAGCCUCCGGCUGAAUUCACCGAGGCAUAUCACAUUAUUAUAUCCACGAAUUGUAUUCAUGCUACCAGGAACCUAACGGCAAGUCUGAUAAACCUACGCAAGAUGCUCCGUAAGGAUGGCGCGCUUGCUCUGAUUGAAAUGACGCCUGUUAAGCAGCUCUAUGUUUUUGACAUAAUUGUCGGUCUCCUUGAGGGUUGGUGGCUGUUUAAUGACGGCCGAUCGCACGCCUUGGCUAAUGUGGAGCAAUGGGGCCAAGUAUUCAUCAAAGCAGGUUUCGGUGAGGUGCAAUGGUCCGAUGGAGAAUCACUCGAAGCCAAGACGGUAAGAGUGAUUUGUGGAUUUCCAAAAGCUAGAUCGGCUCGACUGAAGACGGAUGUCGACGAGAUUGCAGCCAGACCGGUUGACGCUGACAUACAGAAAGUUGCCUAUAAGAGGGUGGGAACCCAAGAGAUCCUUGCGGAUAUAUACUGCCCUCGGAAUGCGGACCCGACUACAAAGAUGCCGGUCGCCCUAAUGAUACAUGGAGGCAGUCAUGUCAUCUUUUCCCGCAAGGACAUUAGACCACCGCAAACGCGUCUCAUGCUUGGGAUGGGAUUCUUGCCAGUGAGUCUGGACCAUCGGCUGUGUCCGGAGUCUCGGCUUGCUGAAGGCCCUAUGGUCGAUGUCUGUGAUGCACUUGAGUGGGCCCAGAAGACGUUGCCGUCUAUUACACUGAGAAAUACCAACAUCAAACCCGAUCCUGACAACAUUGUAGUUGUGGGAUGGUCCUCUGGAGGACAACUAGCCUUAUCGACUGGAUGGACUGCACCAGAGAGGGGUCUUAGGCCCCCGAAUGCUAUCUUGGCAUUCUACUGUCCCACUGAUUACGAGGAUAGUUGGUGGCGAUCCCCAAUUCAGCCACUCGGAGCAGAAGACUUGGGAGAAAACUACGACGUUUUAGAAGCUGUGCAAGAUGAUCCAAUCACCAACUACGGUGCUAUCGGAGCCUGGGAACCUCUUUCUGAUCCCCGAAUCCGUACCGACGCUCGUUCUCGUAUUGUUCUACACAUGAACUGGAAGGCCCAGACACUACCCGUCGUCAUUGGUGGCCUGCCUAGCAGACAACAGGCAUACUCAAAGAGACCGGAUGUUACUGACUGGAACGCGUUACCGCAGCCUCCCGUGGAGGAGAUCCAGCGAUGUAGCCCACUGGCCCAGGUCAAAAGUGGCAAGUACAAGGUCCCAACCUUUUUGAUCCAUGGGACGGCAGACGAUCUCAUCCCAUGGCAGCAGUCUGCUCGCAUGGCUAAGGAGAUGAAAUCCCGUGGCAUCGACGCUAGCCUGGUUUUAGUCAAUGGAGCCCCUCACAUUUGUGAUGCGAGCCAUAACCAGGAAUCAGAGGGUUGGUUGGCCGUGCUAGAGGCAUACAGGUGGCUCAGGAAACACGCAUCUUCGCCUGAUUGCCUUGAAAAACAUAUAUAG